AUGUGCUACCCACAGAAUGAAGGGGGAACAGGUUUCAAAAGAGUGGAGGAUAUUUGCAGGGUCUUUGCUGCUAAAAGAUGGUGGAGGAUGAGAACUGGGGACAACCUAUGGUCUCAAUUAAUGAUGGCUAAAUAUUGUCAAAGGGGCCAUGUGGUGGCUAGGAAGGUGCAAGGAAAUCACUCCUUUAUAUGGAAAGAACUGUUGAGAAUCAAAGCUGAAAGUGAACCUCAUAUUCUGUGGAAAAUCAAUGAGGCCCAAAUCUCCUUUUGGUGGGACAACUGGACAGGCAUUGGACCUCUAGCUUUAUACCAUCAUACAGACAACAAUCCUGGGAAUCUCAAUGUAGCAGACAUUAUAGAUGGUGAUAAAUGGGAUAUGGAGUACAUUAAUAAUCUUCUCCCUCCUGAUAUUUGUCAUAUAAUCCAGAGAGUGGAGAUUGGAUCCAGAAACAAGAAAGAUCAGCCUAUUUGGACUCAUAAUUCCUCAGGAGAAUUCACCUGUGCCAGUGCAUAUCAAAGCCUGAGGAAAAAAAUUCCUGAGAUUCCUAUAUGGAAAUGCAUUUGGAAAAACGGAAUCCCUUUCAAGAUGGCAUUCAUUAUCUGGAGAGCCAUAAAAAAGAAGCUCCCUAUGUAUGAUAGAAUAAAAAAAUAUGCUAGGAGUGCAGACCCUAUGUGCAUCUGCUGUGAUCACCCAGAGGAGGAAACCAUCUGUCAUGUUUUAAUAAAUGGGGAUAUGGCCAGUAAAGGGUGGAAUUAUUUUGGAAAUUAUAUGGGAGUGAGCAUGCAAAAUCAGAAUAUUCAAGCUAGAAUUCUAAACUAG